AAACCAAUUCCAUACACAUAUUGCACUCACAACUACUACACUCUCCCCUUAAUUAGUUUCUAUAAAUAUUCCAUUAUUAUUAUUAUUAUUAUAAUGGCUCGCUCUCUUCCUUUGCUUUCCACCAUUUUUGUCCUCCUUUUGCUUCUAGUGGCCACUGAGAUGGGACCAAUAAUGGUGGCUGAAGCUAGAACUUGUGCGUCUCAAAGCCAUCGCUUCAAAGGAGUGUGUUUGAGCGACACAAAUUGCGCCUCCGUUUGCAAAACGGAGGGCUUCCCUUCCGGGGAUUGCCACGGCUUUCGCCGCCGAUGCUUCUGCACCAAGCAUUGUGCUUAAACAGACAUCUUAUUAGUCAAUAAUUUUCAUGGAUGAAGAUGAUGGAUCUAUCAUCUUUUAAUCCUCAUCAUGCAUGUGUUAUAAACUUUUGUGUUUUAAGAAUAAUAAUGUUGUGCACUUUGGGUUUUUUU